GAAUGUAAUAUAAAUAUUGGUUUGUUGUGAUUAUCGACAGGAAAGUGUAAAACCUACAGGGCUGUUUAAAAUUCAAUAGAUUACCACGAACACAAUGUUUUAAGUCUACUUUAAAUGAUGGUGUAUUGAUCACAGGAUGCAAAUAACAUUCAAGGUGUAAUAUGCCGAGACAAUUUAAAUAAAACCAGGCGGAUCAGUCGUAGUCAAAGACAUUAGUAUUUUUAAAAAUGUUGUAAAAGUGGACAUUUUAAUGGAACCAGCAUCAAGAAAUAGAAGGAUUCGUUUCAAAUCUUACACACGCCCAAAGUCUGAGCCAGCAAAGCCUCCACAAAAGGAUGAAUUUGAUGAUGAAUUUCUAGAUCUAGGAGACUCUGAUUACUCGUCUUCUGAUUCUACAUCCUCCGAUGAUGAGAACCAAUCGUUGUCGUUCCCGGGAAAUCAUUCAGUUAAACAUAGUACAAUACUUUGUCAGCAAGUCUAUGUCAAAUCAUGUCGUUAUUUUGAUAAAGUACCAUCUACCUACUUUUUUCGUCGACUUAAAAGAACCUAUAUAGAUUUAUCACAUCACGGAUUGGGCAUCGAUGGUGUGAAGUCAGUAGCAAUAGCACUAGUGAGUAACACAACGGUACAGCGAUUGAACUUAUCUAAUAACGACAUAACCAGUGAGGGACUGGCGCAUAUCUUACAAACAUUGCAAGAAAAUAUUGUUAUUACUGAUUUAAAUUUAAGUAACAAUAACCUAUCGACGGGAGGUGCUGUGUUACUCGAUGGAGCCUUAUCGAAUAACAGAAUAAUAACCAAACUAGAUAUAUCUGCUAACGGAUUUACUGAAGGUGAUGCUGUACAUCUUUCAAAUUUAGUAAAAAAAAAUCAGUCUAUACGAACUUUAUCUUUAAGUAAAAAUUGUUUUCGAGAGGAAGGAGGAAUUGUUCUUGGUAAAGCUUUAGAGUGCAAUGAUACAAUAACAUAUCUGGACCUAAGCUGGAAUCAUCUUCGACAACGAGGGGCUGUCUCUUUAUGUUACUGUUUACAGAUAAAUAAUACAAUUGAGUCUAUAAACCUAGCAUGGAAUGGUUUUGGUAUGGAAGGUUGUUACGAGAUGGGCAAAACACUGUUAAACAAUAGGACAAUAACAGAACUAGAUUUGACUUCGAACAGAAUUUCUCUAGAUGCAUUUAGACAACUGCUCCCAGGAGUAGGCAAAAAUAAAACUCUCAAGAUACUUAGGAUUGGGUUCAACCCAUUAACAACAGAUGGUGCAAUAGAUGUCUUACGCUCUAUAUUUAUUUCCGAAUCGGCAAUUGAAGAUUUAGACUUAUCUGACAUUUUAGUUGAUGACAGUUUUAUGAAAUUACUUACUGAAGUGAAAGAAAAGAGAAAUAUACGCGUUAAACACGGUGUUGUAUUGCGUCACGAUGAAAUCACGAAAGGAGAACAUACGAGUGUACUGGAUACAGAUGAUCCAAUGACAAUACUGUUUGAGUAUAUGAAGCAAAAGAAUCUGAGAUUAAUUGACUUAUUACACAAUCUUGAUAGAGACCAUAGUGAUACACUGACGAGAGAUGAAUUUCAGAGAGGAAUGACGAGCAUUGAUCUCCCCCUUAGUAGUAGAGCACUUGAUAUAUUAAUGAAGAAACUUGACAUAAAUCAGGACGGACAGGUAGAUUUUGAGGAAUUGACAAUAAAGCAUAAAGAGUAUCAGAGACGUAUCACAAAAUUGAGAAUGAAGUCAAAGACAGAUAGGAAGUUUUUCAAGGGAUUUGACAAACUAGAACAGCUAAGAGAAGCUGUUAGAUUACGAAUUGCUCUAAAUGUUACUAGAGAAAGCCAAAAAUAAUCAGAAUUUAUACGGGACAAAAUGUAUACUAAAGUCAUACCAGUAACUGUAGA